AUGAUAAAGGAAGUGGCCGCAGUUACUAGGAGCAACGAUGGAUAGAAACAGUGGGCCCUUCGUUCUCACCAAGAACGCCUUGGCAAAAGCGUUAUACGACAACAAAGCAGAGUGUCCGGAUGAGUUGGCCUUCCGCAGAGGAGACAUCCUGACGGUCCUUGAGCAGGAUCCCCUUGGGAGUGAGGGCUGGUGGAAAUGUUCCCUCCAUGGGAAGCAAGGCCUUGCUCCUGCAAAUCGCCUCCAGCUGCUUACUCCUUCACAAGUCCCCUCUAACCUGCGUUUCUCUCAAGGCCUCCAAACCAGCCCAGGAACCAUCUAUCAGGUUCCCUCUGCCCACAGAUCUGCAGACCGAGCAGCUCCGGUCUAUGAGAGAAUGGACAGUUGGAUUAAGCCUCGCUCUUCUUCCCUGCCGAACCAGGAUGUGUACCAAGUGCCGGCUUUGGCUGCAAAACUGCUCAGUGAAAAGACUCAGAGCUCAUCAAAUCAGCACCUCUUUACGCUUCCCAGAGCAAGCUGGGCAUCGACGCUGGGUAACAAAAGCGAUAUAUAUGACGUCCCAUCGCCACAGCGCCAUGGAGCCUUAUUCUCGCAGGGUCUUGCCACACCGCCCUCGUCCAGAAAGGGCUCCCAACUUCCCCCCUGUGCAGAAAAUUGCCUGAAAGAGUCACCACAGCUUUACGAUAUCCCACCAAGCGUGCAAAAAGGAAGCAUCUGCACACAGGAGUCACUCAUGGGUAAUGUGUACGACAUACUCCCAACAGCUUCAAGAGUCCCUGGAAAAGCUCCAGAAACAGGGAAGGUUCUGAGCCAUUACAAAACCUUGCCAAACCUCCGUAAAUCAGAAUGGAUCUACGAUAUACCUGAAAAAGCAGGCUUAAAACAAACUCUUCGGAGCCAGUCCCCGAAUAAGCUUAUGUUUUAUGACAUCCCACCAUCGAGGCUGGAUUCCGAUAUACAGAAAAUCCCUCCAAUGAACAGUGAAUGUAAAUCAACAGAUCCACAGUUAUAUGACGUUCCGCCAGUCCAAAGAAAAUUAACUCUCCCGGAGAGUCUGCUUUAUGAUGUACCGCCCACACACCAAGCCCUGGUCCUGCAUCAGAACGGAAACUCCGACGUCCCUCCGGUGGUUCUUUCUGCCAGGACCGAAAAGGAGAACCACCAGCAGGUUCUUUAUGAUGUUCCAAAGGGAGUUACUUCACCACAACAGAAAGGGACUGAAAAAUGUACCUACAGCUCCAGAGACAACAUUUACAGUUUCCCUUCGCAGUUGCCAAGAGAUGCCAGACUGAACCAAGACAGGUUGUCUGUCUCGAGCGUAGAGAGCCGGACCAGCACCAUCUCAACUUCCUCCAGCGCUUCUUCCGAGUCCUUCUCGUCGAGUCCGUCAUCGUCGAGUCCGUCAUCGUCUUCAGACGAACCCUGCAAAGAGACAACCAUGGAACUUGACACGGCCAUAGAAACGUUGACGAAGCUACAGCACGGCGUGUCCAGUUCCAUUGCAAGUCUAAUGAUCUUUGUGAGCAGCAGGUGGAGGUGCCAAGAACACCUAGAGGGGAACGUUGAGGAAAUCCGUCGAGCAGUCGACCACAUCAAAGUCUCCUUGGGAGAAUUCCUGGACUUUGCUCGGACCAUUGCAGGAAACGCCGCUUGGGCCUCUGACAGUAAGCUUCAGGUGAGGAUUAAAAAACAGCUCGGCAUCCUCACAGCCUCUUUUCAGAUCCUGGUGGAAAUGAGAGAAGCGCUGAACAAAUGUAGAUGGUCACUCGAGGUCCUGGUCAUUAAGAAACCGCAGAGCAGCCCGGAUGACCUGGAUCGGUUUGUUAUGGUGGCCCGCACCAUCCCGGACGACAUCAAGAGGUUUGUAUCCAUCGUCAUCGCCAACGGGAAGCUCCUUUUCAGAAAGAACAGCCGAGAGAAGGACGGCAGAGAGCUGAGACGCAAAACAGUAAAGGGCAGUUUUGAGCGGCGGACGGAAGACAAUUCGCUCCUAAGAAACGUUUUGGAUAAAUCGAAAGAAAACAGCCCGAACGUGGAGAGGGCGAGAGCUGAAGUCACUGAAGAUUGUGAUUAUGUUCAGAUACAGGGCUCCCUGUCUAAAACGAGGCCUAACGUUCCAGGUGAGCAGGAUCCUGCCAAGAAAAUGGAGCUCUCCGAUCUCUGCAGACUGUAUUUUGGUGCUGUUCAGAAAGCUAUCGGCGUUCUACAUGACAGCCUGAGCAGAAACCAGGCCCCGGAGAUCUUCAUUGCUCAGAGCAAACUGAUCAUUAUGGUGGGACAAAAGCUGGUGGACACCCUGUGCCAGGAAGCCCUCGAGACGACCACGCGGAAUGAGGUCCUGUGCAGCAGCAGCAAGUUUUGCAGCCUGCUGAAGAGUGUGGCGGUCGCCACCAAAAACGCUGCCAUGCAAUAUCCGAGUGCCGAGGCCAUGCGGGAACUUCAGGAUCAAGCUGACGGGCUGUCUCAAUACACACAGCAGUUCCAAGCCAUGAUGGAAUGAUGUAUCCCUCCUGCCGGUGUCCUGAGGAUACCCAUUGCUGUGACUACAGUGACUGAGAGUAGUUUCUAGCUGUGACCGAGAGACUCCUUGUUCAUUAAAGAGUACAUGUGUCAGAUUUUCCA